AUGGGCUACCUCCCUUCCUUCUACGGCCUCGCAAAGGCCCUCGGCGGCAUCCUCCUCGUCUCGCUCGCCUCGACCGCGGGCCUCCUCUACCGCUACCAGACAUCCCUCAUCUACGCCGCAUCCUUCCCACCGGGCUCGCGCACAGAGGUCGCCACCCCAGACGAGUUUGACAUCCCCUUUACCGAGCACCAGCUCACCACCCCAGACGGCGAGCGCCUCCGCGCCUUCGCCAUGCUCCAGGGCUACCGACUCGCACGCGACAAGAUACGCCAGAUCAGGAGCCAACAAGACCUAGAACCCGAACGCAAGUCAUCGCCCACCCAUACCGCAAUCGUCCACACCGACGUCGUCGAUCCCCACCUCGCCGCACGCCGCCCCACCAUCCUCUUCCUCCAUGCAAACGCCGGAAACAUGGGACACCGCCUGCCCCUCGCUGCCGUCCUGUACAAGCGCUUCGGCUGCAACAUCGUCAUGCUCUCCUACCGCGGUUACGGCUACUCUUCCGGCUCUCCAAACGAGAACGGCAUCCGCAUCGACGCACAAACCUCGCUCGACUGGAUCCGCAAACACCCACAGCUCAGCAAGACGCCCGUCGUCGCCUAUGGUCAGAGCAUCGGAGGCGCAAUCGCCGUCGACCUCGCCAGCCGCAACCCAAAGAGCGUCCACGCACUCAUGCUCGAAAACACCUUUCUGAGCAUCCCGGAGCUCAUUCCGCACGUGCUGCCACCGGUGCGGCCGUUUGCCUUUCUCUGUCGCGAGUUCUGGUCGUCGGACCUGGCCAUCACAAAGGUUGCGCCCAAUGUGCCCGUCCUUUUCCUCAGCGGUCGAAAGGACGAACUGGUCCCACCAUCCCACAUGGACGCGCUCUACGAAAAGUGCCGCAGCACCAACAAGGUCUGGAAAGCGUUUGAAGAUGGCACGCAUAACGACACCUGCGUCAAGCCAAAGUACUUUGAGACGAUCUCCGACUUCCUGCUAAAGUACGUCGUGCCACGGAUCCAGCAAGACGCAGCGACGACAGCGACACCGAUAGACGAGGCCAAGUCGAAAGACGGCUCCGAAACGCCCAAGGCUCGCUCCGGCACCAUUCCGCUACCAUCCACCUCUGCCUCGCCCUCGUCAUCGUCAUCGUCGACCAAAGGAGGCCGCGGCGGGGUCGGGCCCGGAGGCGAGGGCAGCGAGGACGGCGACGAGUGGGUCAAGAUGAGCGAGAGCGACGUCCUCGAGGCCGAAAAGGAGUCGCUGCCCCUGGGCAUGGGCGGUAGAGCACCCGAGAAUGCCCAAGAGGUUGUCGGGGCGGUGGCCAGGGCGGAGAAGGAGGAGGCAGAGAGGGAGGAGAGAGAGACGCGCGUCGAGCUCUGA